AUGCUCGAUACCAUAUACAUCUGCCGUCACGGCUUCCGCAUGAGCUGGAUUGGCGCUGAAAACUUUCCCACCACCGAUCGUCCCCGCGAUCCCGUGCUCACCGCUCACGGUCAGCAGCAGGCGCAGCAUUUGGCCGACUAUCUCGCCUCGCUCCCCGCCUCGGAGCAGCCGCAACUCAUUGUCAGCUCUCCUUACUACCGCUGCCUACAGACCGCGCUGCCCACCGCGUCUGCACUCAAUCUCGAACUCGUCGCGGAGCCAGGUCUGGCAGAAUGGUUUCCAACAGCACCACCGCAAACGGGCAUCCACCCUUCCCCCGCACGCGCGGAGUACAUGCGGGAAUUCGUCCCCAAUCUCUCGCUCUCCUGGUCGCCCCUGCUGUAUCCCGACAACGGCGGCGAGAGCAUCUCGCAACUUCACGCACGCGCACGUCGAAUUCUCGACCUCAUCCAACAGCGUUGUGAUCAACUUGGCGUCACACGAGUGCUCAUCUGCAGUCACGCUGCCACCAUCAUCGCCAUGGGCAGAGUGCUCCUCAACGACGAUGCCGAUGGAAAGAGGACCAAGUUCAUCGGCGCCGGCACGGCUUCGCUGAGCAAGUAUACACGGCUGGAGCGCGGACAAGGGUGGAAGCAGGAGCUUAACGGCGAUGCGUCGUUUUUGCCAGGCGGCGUCGAGAGGGAGUGGCACUUCGGAAUGGUGCCGGACAAUGUCACUGAGAAUGGGAUGGGUCAAGGAUGGACAGACCCCGAAGCUCCUACGUCGACUGCGCGCAAGAGUUCCGAGUCCAUGCAAACCAAGCUUUAG